AUGGUUUCUCCACAACUCUCGGAAGAUAUUGAUGGUAGUGUAAUCGAAGUUUCAGGUGAGUAUACAUUUACCGCGGUAGGAAAGGUAAUUCUCAAAUGGAAGCGUUUUUCGAUCGUUGGAAGGUUGGAUUCCGACCACGGCGCUAUCAAGUGUUUGUUGGUAAUGGGAAACUAUUUAUUGUCCGCCUCAGCGGAUGGUUUUCUGUGCAUCUGGAACUGGGACAGCGAGGAGCUGAUCCGCACCAUCAACCUUGGCCAUUCCUUCGAGCCCUCCUGUUUAUCCCACCCUCCGACCUAUUUGAACAAGGUGGUAAUCGGGAGCGCAUCGGGGCAGCUGCAGCUGUGGAACAUCCGAACCGGCGCUCUCAUCAUGAGCUUCGCUGGCUACUCGUCCGCCGUCCGCUUCCUGGAGCCCUCUCCGUCGGUCGACGUGAUGGCGAUCGGCCUGCAGGACGGGACCAUCGACCUCCGAAACCUCCGCUACGACCAGUCGGUGAUGCAGUUCCGUCAGGAUUCCGCGGUGACGAGUCUGUCGUUCUUUUCGAAUCUGGCCAAAGCGCCGCUUUUGGUUUCCGCGGGGGAGAACGGGAGUUUCUGCCUCUGGGAUUUGCGCGGGAAAUGUCUUCGCUUCCAGCGGGACGCCGCGCACGUCGGCGCGAUCCACUCCGCCUUCUUCUUGCCGGGGCGUUUCCAGCUGUUAACCGCGGGGAACGACAAUUCCCUCCGCGUGUGGGGCAUCGACGAGAUCGACGGAUCCCCGCGGGAGCUGAAGAGCCGGUGCGGACACGCGGAGGGCGCGUCGCUGAUCGAGUUCUACGGUUUCCACGGUGUGGUUUCGCGGGAAGGGAGUUUCGACGGUUUGGCGCUAAACGUGCUUUCCGCGGGGGAGGACCGGGCGUUUCGCACCUUCCACGUGCUCCGCGACCCGCUGAGCGGGGAGUUGUCCCAGGGUCCCGCGGGGAAGCGACAAAAACUGCAGGGAGUCCAGGGGUCCACUAGAACCGCGGGAACCGCGGGAAUGCAGGGUUCUAGUGAAACUACCGGAACCACGGGAACUACUGGACCCACUGGAACCGCGGGAAUGGGAGAUGGGCGAUUACCGCGGAUCACGUGCUUCGCGUACUCGGAAGGGCGGGAAAAGGACUGGGCGAACGUGGUCACGUGCCACGAGGGUUCUGCCAGCGUGUACACGUGGCGUUACUUGGACCGAAUCCUCGGCGACAAAAUCCUCCUGCCCCCCGACGCCGCGCGCUCCCGCGGGAAUUUCGCCACCGCGUGCGACGUGGAGAACAACGGGGAAACCGUGGUCGUGGGCUACCGCGACGGCUCCCUCCAUCUGUGGGCGUUUUUUUUCCCUCCUCACCGGCAGUUUCAACAUCCAGAGCGGCCUUUACCGCGGUUCGCUCCCGCGGGAAUCCAAGCCCGGCUUCCGCCUCCGCGCGGGACUCACCGGCUUCCUGGCGGCGGGCGCGCAACCCGCGGGGGAGGGCGGCCACACCGAGGCGGUGCUUGCCGCGGGAAUCGACCUCACCGGGCAGGUAGGAUUUCGCGGGACCAAUCGAUUCGGUUCUGGGAUUUGCCCAAUCGUCGGCUCGCGCACGUGAUCGCGCUGAGCUCCCCCGCGGUUAACGCGCGGUUCUGCCGCACCGCCAAUCUGCUCGCCGUGGAAACCGCGGGGAGCGAGGUGAUCGUCGUGGAGUGCGGUUCCCGCCAAAUCAUUCGGCGGUUCCGCGGGGAUCCGAGUUUCGCGGGGACGUGUCUGGCGUUCGCGGAGGACGGUCGCUGGCUGUUCUUCGGGGAUUCCCGCGGGGAUCUGCGCGUGUGGAGCGUGCCGGAAAGCCGAUUGGUGGACUGGAUUCGGUUCGAGCACGUGCUUCGCUCCGUGGCGGUUUCGGUGAGCGGGGAAUUCGUCGCGACGACGCACGUGGGACAGCGCGGAAUCGCGGUUUUCGCCAACAAUGCCUACUACUCGGAAUUGAUCGAUUCCCGCGAACCCCGCCAACCCUGCUGCAUCGACUCCCCCGCGGUUUUAUCCAACGAAGAAGAAGGAGAAGAAGCUUCCCGCCAUCGCGAGGCUUCCGCCGAUUCCCCGCGGGAAUCCAAUAGAAUCGGCGGAACCGCGGGGACGCUGCGGUUGUCGCGGGGUCCGCACGAUAAGUGGUGCGCACUGGUUCAUUUGCGGGAAUUGCGGGAGCGAAACCGUCCCCGCGAAACUGUCCAAAAACCCGCGGAAGCGCCCUUCUUCCUCCCCACCACCGCGGGGAUCGAGCCCAAAUUCGCGGUCCCCGAGGAACCGGAGAAACCGGAGAAAAGUGGAAACGGAGGUCCCGGGGAACGGUUCAGCACGCGGCGGGAAGUUCUGAGCGGGGAAAACGAAUUGCAAGCCAUGCUGCGAAGAGCCGCCGAACGCGAAGAACCGCGGGAACAGAGUCGAAUCGGGGAAACCGUGGAAACCGUGGAACCCUCCGCGAGUGAAACGCCCGAUGAAACUGUCCCGAACAAAAACGUGGAAUCAUCGAAUCAUGAACCCCCCACGGAUGAAACCCCCGAGGUGGAUGAAACCCCCGAGGUGGAUGAAACCCCCGAGGUGGAGGAGGAGGCGGACGUGGAGCGCGCGAUGGGGAGUUUCUACGGAGUGCUUCGGCAUUUCCGCGCGCUGCCGGUAUCCGCGGCGGACGCGGAGCUGAGUCUGCUGUGCAUGGGGGACUUCGACGAGGUCGGAAAAACCGCGGUGCGGAAUUUGCUUCGAUUUUUGGAGCGCGCGAUGCGCGCGGAAACGGACUUCGAAAUGGUGCAGGCGCUGCUGGAGAGGACGCUGGAGCUGUACGGAGAGGUGAUCGAGGGAAUGCCGGAGAUGAAGACGAGGCUGGAGGGAAUGGAGCGCGUGCAGAGACGAGCGUGGAGGAGGAUGCAGGGACUGAUGCAGCAGACGCUGUGUCUGGUCGAGUUGUUUAGCAACGUGCAGUUGUAA